AUGAUCGACGAGCUCAUCCACCACUGCAUCAACGAGAUCGGCCUGGAUGGCGAGUCCGGCACCGAGAUCGACCGCCUCACCUCCUUCAUCCGCCAAUUCCAUACCGACCACUCAUCUCGCUCUCAGCUCCCACACCAGCUUGUCGAUGCCUCCUACCUCGCCUUCGUCUUUCGACAGCUCAUCGCGCAUCCGCACGUCAACGUCGGCCUCUUUGUAGCCGGCGUGCCCCAACGCGAGGGCGCAAGGAGCGGCAUCACAAAGCGCAAGGCCUCGGCGCCCAACACGCCAACCACAAAGCGAGAGCCUCAGCAUCAGCCUGUAGCUCCCGAGUAUGACUGGGUCGAUGUUUUGGACCCGUCGCUCGCCGAGCAUCACGACCUCCCACGGCUCCAGAGCGCACACGGCGACCGUCUACGCCUCGUCUUGCAACCGGCCGCCAUCAAGCGACAGCUUGUCGGUGCAGACGACAUCUUCCUCCCGCCGUCAGCAUACAAUGUGCUCCAGAUCAUCUGCCGCUCUCGCGAAAAGCCCGUCCUCAGCACCGACAUCGGAUCCGCUAUCCACACCGACCAGAAAACCGUCUACUACAUCUGCAAACGCCUCACCGACCCCGGCCUCAUCGUCAAGAUCAAGGCACGCGAAACUGGCACCACGGCAAGCUACUUUGUUGCAGCUCGCUUUCAGGACGCCUGCGACCUCUUGAUCCAGCAGCGCAACGCAGAGAUCACCACCGACUCGCAUCAGUCCGAUAUCGCAUCAGGGCCUAUGCUUCCUCUCUUCACAGAUCUCGCCUCCUCUUCGCGCCUCCCUACACCUCAGAUCGAUCUUCCCGACGUCGACGCCGAGUCGGAUCAGGAAGAAGCACAUCCCGCAUCCGGUCCUGUCAUCACCGUCAAAGACGAAGAAUCGCAAGCCAUUCAGCUCAUCGAUUCCGACGGCCACGGCAAUGCCCACGUCCCCAUCCAGACGCUCGCUCCCACCUUCCAGCACGUCGACCCCGAAAAGGCUCGGCUGUGGAUGAGCAGCAGGCCCGAGCUCGUGCGAUUCCGCAUCUAUCUCCUCUGCAACUCCACCAACUCCAAGAUCACAAAGCGCCACGGCCUCGUCCACCGCAUCAACAUCGCCUACAACCUCUCGCUCAAGAGGAUGUUUAUCAACGUCCUCGAGCACGCUAUCGUAGACGGUUUCCUCGAGGUCGUCCAGCUGCUCAUCGCCAGUACAGGCCGCACCUCCCGAGGCCUCCGCAUGACCCACAAGGGCCUCGAAGAGAUGGAAAACAUGCUCCAGGGUGACUUUGACGAUCCGGCUUCGCUCGAGGAGCAGCAACGCGCCCGCAAGCUCAACGCCGCCCUGCAGCAGGAUCUCGACAGGUUCGAGUCGCGCCUGCCUCGCGAGCUCACUCUGGAGCGCUGGAUGUAUGAAGAGGUGGCGCGCGCCGGUCCUUCCGGUCGCACUGCCGCUCAGCUCAUGGCAAAGCUCCACGCCACCGGCCACUUUACUCGCGUCAUCGAACAGAUCGUAUUGCGCGCAGAGGACGCCGAUGGCGAGCCAUCCAUGAACGACCUCCGCAUCCGCACCUUCCAUGAGCACAGCCUUCGCAUACGCAGCUCAAAGCUUUUCAGUAAUCACGCUUGGGUCCUCCAGUCUGCCAACGAUGGCUAUCUCGAGCAGCAAGACCGCGACCGCCUCGCACUCGCCGGCGGUCCGUCGUGCUUCCAUCAACAGUCGACUGCCUGGGAUGAACCGGCGCAGAUCAAUCAGCUUGUUGCCUCGUUCAGCCAGGAGAUCGCCACUCCCGGUAAACGCCCGGAUCCGCCCAGAAGAGGUCGUCCGCCGAAAAGGCGAGCUGAUUCCGAUCUGAACACGCCUCCCAAAAAGAAAGGCCGACCGCGAAAGAAUCCAGCCCCGACCGGUGGUGCCGAGCCGAGCCCGCUUGCCGCCGACGCCAACGACGUAGCUACUUGCUCUUCACAAGCUACACCCCUACCAGCAGAGGGCACCGAGCAAGCGCCCGAGUUGUCCGACAUGCCGAUGGAGACGGCCACCGCUACCCUGGAAGCCGCUGAACCUGGCGCUGAGCCUUCGGACGCUUCUCGACCUCAGCUUGCCGUGCCAGACUCGCCAGCGGCGGGAGCAGCCAAGCGUCGGGAGCGGCGCCUUGCGCAGGAGCAGAGCGCACGUCAGCCCACUUCUCUCCUCGCUACGGCUCCCGUCGUAGGCCCGUCAGCAAUGCAGACCGACGAGGCAGUCGAGGCAGCCAAGGCAACGCCCUCUGAUGCUGUAGUCGCACCUCAGCACGAAGCAGCGCAAGACGGCCAGAAGGAUGCACCCGACGAUCAUCCGAAGCCAGCGACAUCGGCACCCGAAGCCGACCUUGGCAACGUCGCGGAUCUGCUCUCGAUUCCGACCAACCUCAAGACCGAAGCCGAUUGGGGGCUUGUCGCCACUCCCGCUUCCAAGAGAGUGUUGAAGGCCGGAUCGACACCGACCACCUCAGACCGUAAGAAGCGGACAAACCUGACACAGCUGCGCAGCGCACAUGCUCUCGUCCAGUGCAUCCGCGAGGCAGGCGGCGCGAUGGAUGCGCUCCUGAUCCCCGAACAGCUGUCGAGCUUUGUAGAGCGGCACGGCUUCGCCUCGGAGGCGCAGCUCGUCAAUCUGCGAGACAAGAAGGUCAGAGACAAGGCGAUUGCAGCUGCGAUGAACAACGAUCUGCUCCGUCGCACCUACGUCCGCAUCGAUCGGCCCAGCGCCCCACACCCCCGACGCCAGAUCAUCUACCUCCCCGAUCUGCCGCAGCAGACGCUGCAUGCCUACUGCGACGCGGUCAAGACGGGGCGCCAGGGCUGGUUUGAUACCAGGGCAACCAUUUCGACUCUCACGACUGCGACCGACAGCGUCGAGGUUGGCUCGAUGGAUGCGCUCCAUAUUGUCAAGCCUUGGCACCAGUCGGAUCCCAUGCGGCUCACGGAUCUGCCGGCCGACAUGGCGCAGCUCGCGCCGCUUCGUCAGCCCUUCCGAGACGUCACGAGCGUGCACCGACAGCAUCUCGGCUUCCUGGGCGGCGAAAUGGUUCGGCUCAAGGCGUUCCAUCACGCCUGCGCGCACUUCCUCCGCCUGCAAUCGUCAAUCUCCGAGACACCCGGUGCCAGGUUUGGCAAUGGCGCCACACUGCCUCUCAGCUUCUUCUGGUCCGACGCGCCGUUGGAUCUGUACCUCGGGCUAGUCGCAGUGCGGCAUAUGUCCGAGCCGAUCGAGCAGAUGGCGCUCGAUCCCAACAUGCGUCGUCUGCCGAUGCAUGCGCUGCCAAAGGAGCUCAUAGCUGCCAUCGGGCUCGCCAACGGCGUUCCGGUCGACGUCAAGAUUGCACUCUACAGCCUCGCCGCCCAGCUCUCCGAACUUGGCGUGCUCGAUAUCCAUCCAGCUUCCAACAUUGCUCAAGAGCAGCUCGACUCCUCCAGCGGCGAUCCCGUCUCGUUUGCAGUCUCCGUCGAGCCUCGGUCUCGGAUCCCACGGUACAAUUGGCUGGCAGAGGAAGCAGAGAAGCCGUUGGUCGAAGUGCUUGACGUAGGCCUGGAUGCCGACAAGAUCAAUCUGUUCUGGGCCAGGAUGCAGGCUUCUUGCCUCAGUCCAAGCAAAAGCAAGGCGCUCCUGGCCAACGACAGUGGCCAGGAAGGCACCGAGGGGGUUACUGAAGGUGCGGUCGUGCACGGCUUGAGGCCCGGAGACAACGUCGAUCCGUUCAAGACGCUGCCGGAGGAGCUCAUGUUUGCGCUCAAGGUGAACAAGUCGUGGCGGCCUUUCCACCAGCUUCGACCGUCGCAGACGAGGUUCUUCCGACGCAUCGACGCGCAAGACUGUGCAUCUGCAUCGCAGGAGCACAUUGACAGGCUGGCGUACGCCACGCUCGUGCCCCAGAGCGUGGUGCGCGCCGUGCUUGAGCAUCGAGCUCGAGCGGCCCAGGAGCCCGACGAUCCGGACGUUGCGCCGCAUCAGAGCAGGCCGCGCUUCACCUGGCCGCUGCGGCUGUCUACGAUCUCGCUCCCGACCAACGUGUACAGGCCGAUCGCGGCCGCAGCCUCGGUCAGGCGCAAGAGGACGCAGGCGGAGCGCGAGAAGCAGGGCCGCAUGACGACACUCGCCAAGGCGCGUCAGCUGCGCCAGCGUCGCGACGAGCAGUUCCAGGCGCUGCUGGACCAGGCAUUCACCGAAGCACCGUCGGCACACGCGCUGCGGCCCAAGAUCGAGACCGCGCUCGGCGUCAUCCGCAAGAAGUUCGUGGCGGGCGAUGUGCGCUUUGAUGCGGAUGCGGCGCAGAAGGCGAUCCUGCGUGCCAUCCGGUCCGCUACGGGUGUGCGACUGAUGCCGGCCGCACGCGCUACGCCAGCCGCUCGGCAGCGACGUCGGGCGCGGCAGACGUCUUCGGAUCACGAGGAGGACGCUGGCGAGGCGGACAACAAAGCGACGGGUGGCAGUGUGACGAGACGCGACCGGCGCGGGCGCCGCAACGUGGACCAAGUGAACUUCUGGACGCCUGCGCGCAAGGAGCUUCUGCGCGAUGCGGCGGUGAUCCUGCGCGUGCGCGACGAGGUGCGUGGGCGCUCGGACUGGACGGCGCUGCUGCAGGUGAUCGAGCCCGAAGAGCGCACCAAGACGCGCAGCGUCAUCAUGGCGCAGUGGCGCAGCCAGUACCAGCGCAUGCGCACGCUCUACGGCGAAGAGGCGUACCUCGCUGCGCUCGAGUCGCGAUGGGUGCCCGUGUACCUCGCUGCGCGCCAGGAGGGGACGCUGCAGGACGUUGAUUUCCCCUCGGCGACGAAUUUCGAUCUGGUCGCACAGAUCGAGCUGCUGCGCAGCAGCAUUGACAAGAACGAGGUGCAGCGCUCGCUGACCAAGCCGACGGCGCGGAAUGCGCUCCCGGCGGUGCUGACCGAGGCGAGCGACUUCACUGCGAGCUGGAAGGAGGAUCUCGUCGAGGAGCCGGUCGAGAGGAGGUUCGAGGCGUUCUUCAGCUCCGAGGUGGGUGUCACCAGUCGGCGCUUGGAGAAGCUUCUGGGCGCCGCGCUCGGUAGCGAGCAGGCCGAUAGACCCACGCAGCGCGAUGCGUCGAUCGAGGAACUUAUGGCCGAAUCUGCGGUGCGCAUCGUCGUCGCCACCUCGUCCGUCGAAACCGACGUCGACGCUGCGUCUGGGUCCGCGGAGCACGUGGUGGAUGAAGCGGCCAAAGCCGACUUCUGCAGCUCGGUGGGCGACGCGCGCAUCGAGGCGGCCAUAUCGCGCAUGCUGGACGCCAAGCUGCUGCGCUCCGUGAGCGGCGACCCUACGAUCCGGCGUCGGCCCGGGACGAACUUUGUGCUGGGCGACGAGAUGCAAAAGCUGCAACCGGACGGUGGUGCGCGGUUCAUUCUGGGUGCGGGGGAUCUCGAGGCUUCGGUGACGCACCGCCGGUCGGCGUGGGAGGAGCUGUGCGCAGCUGAGGAGGGGAUGUAUGUGCAGCCGGUCGAGACGGACGGGGAGGCAGCGGCGAUGAUGGUGCUCAUGGAGAUGGGGGUCGUCGAGACGCGGGUGGAGACGGGAGCUUUCGAGGCGCUCCGGCAGAAUGCGGCGUUCAACGCGCGCGUGCUCAAUGAUCAGGACCUCGAGAGCCUCAUCCAUGUGCGCGCCAAGGCAAACGCUAUGGAAGUGCUAGAACGCGCGGUGUUGACGCUUCCACCCCUUCCGAGCGAUAGCGUAUUGGACUGGCUAGAUAGCGCAGACUUGCGCACGGAGUGGACCGCACAGUGUGAGGGGGCACCUGACGUUGGCGCGUUGGCAAGGACGCUGCUGGCCGCCGGACCGGCGGGGUUGCCACUACCUGAUGUGGCGCACACGACCGUCACGCGGCUGGUGGCGGGUCGGCGACCACUGGCGUUCUUGUCGCCACUCUCUUCACAGCCCAUACUGGUAGCCAGCGUGUACGUGCACACCUACACACUGCACACACCGUCGCGCACGCUGCCGCACGCAUGGACGACGCUGCACCGCACGCCGCACGCCACCUCGCGUCUCUGGCGGUCGCUCCUCGAACAGUGCCUGGCAACCGUGCGGCAGCGACCGGGGAUAUCCUUCGGCGCGCUUGCACGGCGGUUCGAGCCGCGGACGGGUGCACCUGCCGUCAGCGCCGCCGACGUAUGGCUCGCCAUCACCGCGCUGUGUGAUGUCCAGGCCGUAGUUGCUCACGAUCUCUCACUGCACGUCCAUCCCACACGUCCACUCGCCGCAUUCAAAGCCUGA